AUGAGGUUGAGCAAUACUUCUGUCUCGAUAUAUCGGCUGACUCCAAAUUUGUCCGUGCAGAAAUACAGUACACCAUCAACUGAAACUGGUGGGCUAAGCGAAGAACACUUUGCGCUGGAUGACUACGACAGCGAGAAUGAAGAGCAUAGCAAACAGCGGAGUGGGCUGGCCCAUACUAACGAACUAUCUUCUAGUACACUAGAAUUGUUGGAACGCUUUAAAGGACAGUUCUCCACCGCCAAGCCAGGAAGUGACGAUGAAGACAAUGACGAAGUCAAGAUAUUUUAUUGCUCCCGGACACACUCCCAGUUAAGCCAAUUUGCCGGUGAACUGAGACGCGUUAAAAUGCCAUGGAGUGUACCGAAGGACUUGUUGAGUACUGACUUGACAGGAGAAGAAGAACUCGAGGAGCGUGUGAAGCAUGUCACUCUUGGUUCUCGGAAGAACCUCUGCAUUAAUCCCCGUGUCAGUUCAUUGGAAAAUGCAACAGCGAUUAAUGAGCGUUGUUUAGAUCUACAACAGCCCAAUGUGGAUCCUCAGCAUAAAUGUCCAUUUCUGCCAUCCAAAGAAGAUGAAAGACAGGUUCUUCAAUUCCGGGACCAUGCAUUAUCAACAGUGAAGGACAUUGAGGACCUGGGAAAGCUUGGCAAGAAGAUUGGGAUAUGCCCUUAUUAUGCAUCCCGUUCUGUUAUUAAGAAUAGUGAGAUUGUAACACUACCAUAUCCCUUGCUGUUGCAACGCUCAGCGAGAGAGGCUCUCAAUCUAUCUGUCAAGGGGCAUGUCAUAAUAAUCGACGAAGCCCAUAAUUUGAUGGACGCAAUAUCCAACAUACACUCGGUAACGGUGACGCUUUCACAAUUGCAGACCUCUCUUUCUCAAUUGACUAUCUAUGCCCGCAAAUUCAAAACUCGCUUGAAGGGGAAAAACAGGAGCUAUGUUGCUCAGGUUAUUCGGCUCCUCAGUUCAAUCGCUGCUCAUCUUCGGUCACUCCUAGAGAGUGGAAAGGCACCGGAGGGCCCGGUUUUGGCAUCUGAGCUCAUGUCCGGAAAGGGGGUUGAUCAGAUCAAUCCUUAUAAAUUGAGUCGAUAUUUACAAGAAAGCAAAUUAGCAAGGAAAGUUGAUGGAUAUGUCGAGUUCACUAAAGAUCCGUCAAACAAGCAGGGGACAAGGGAUCCUACGGUGCCCGUACUGUUUCACAUACAGGGAUUUCUUCUAUCUUUGAUGAACCCCUCUGCCGAAGGGCGAUUGUUCUACUUGAAGGAACAGGGAGAUAUCCAAUUGAAGUACAUGCUUUUAGACCCUACCAAUCAAUUUCGGGAGCUUGUGGAGGAUGCAAGAGCCGUCAUAUUGGCUGGCGGGACCAUGUCACCCAUGACAGACUACAUGAACCAUCUCUUCUCGUAUGUCCCAGCCAGUCGCUUAGACACGUUCAGUUACGGCCAUGUCAUACCACCAGAGAAUUUGAUCGCUCACACACUGGUACGGGGUGUUCAAGGCUCAGAAUUUGACUUUACCUAUGAUGUCCGUGACUCUGAGAAAAUGAUCAUGGAUCUUGGUAGGACGAUAGCUACGCUCUGCCAUGUCAUCCCCGACGGAGUAGUGGCAUUCUUUCCCAGCUACGAUUACCUUGGCCGGGUCCUGAGCAUCUGGAAGAAGCCAAUGCUAAGCGAACAAGGCCAGACUGUGUAUGGCUUGAUUGGGCAGAAGAAGCCCAUACUGUCUGAGUCCCGAGACAUGACAGUCACUACCGAGGAACUGCUACAGACGUACGCCAAAACUGUUGAUUCUGGCAGAGGUGCGCUUCUCUUGUCCGUUGUGGGUGGCAAGCUGUCAGAGGGCAUCAAUUUCUCUGACAAACUCGGACGGGCUGUGUUGAUUGUGGGACUGCCCUUUCCCAAUAUACGGAGUGCAGUUUGGCAAGCCAAGAUACAGUAUAUUGAGCAGAAAACACACCAGCAAGCUACAGGCCCUGAGGCAAGCCGGCAAUCAGCAGCAAAAGCAGCAGGGAGGGACUUCUAUGAGAACUCGUGCAUGCGAGCAGUGAACCAGUGUAUUGGGCGAGCCAUCAGGCACCGUAACGACUAUGCGGCGAUUGUUCUGAUUGACAGACGUUAUGAUAAACCCGGUAUCCAAGCGAAGCUACCGGCUUGGAUCAAACAGAGUAUGGUAGGCAGUUCGGCCCAACGACCUGCUGGUGCUACGAUUCAGAGUUUGGCGAAGUUUUUUGCCAGCAAAUCAACCUAA